AUGGUAUUCGGCAAGAAAGCGCUUCUCCUGGGCGCAGGUUUCGUCUGCUCACCGGCCGUGCAAGCCCUAUGUGGAAAAGGCGUUCAUAUCACCGUGGCCUGCCGCACUCUGUCGGCUGCUCAGGCUCUAGCUGUUCAUCACAAGAACACCACCGCCAUUGAACUCGAUGCCUCAGACUGUGCUGCUCUUAACACCGCAAUAUCGACGGUCGAUAUUGUCAUCUCCCUCAUUCCGUAUACACUCCACGCCCUCGUGGUCAAGGCAGCUAUCAACCAGCAGAAGCCCGUUGUCACGACCAGUUAUAUCUCCUCUGAGCUGUGGGAUCUCGACGCCGAAGCCAAAUCCGCGGGUGUGACAAUACUCAACGAGAUCGGCUUGGACCCCGGCAUCGACCAUCUCUAUGCUGUAAAGACAAUUGACGAAGUGCAUUGUGCAGGCGGUCUUAUCGAGGCCUUCACCAGCUACUGCGGUGCGCUGCCGGCGCCAGAAAACUCAGACAAUCCGCUGGGCUACAAGUUCUCGUGGAGUCCCCGAGGUGGCCUGCUCGCGCUGCUCAACCCGGGGCAAUGGUACGAGGGCGACGCAGUCACCAAGGUGAAUGGCAGCGAUCUGAUGGCUAGCGCGAAGCCGCAUCAUAUAUUCCCGGGGUUUAAUCUGGUAGGCUAUGCAAACCGCAAUGCCGUCAGCUUCCGCGACUUCUACAAUAUUCCCGAGGCCAAGACUGUAUUUCGCGGGACCCUACGAUAUGCCGGUUUCCCGGAGAUCAUUCGCGUGCUGGUCGAUAUUGGGUAUUUUAGGCAGGAUGAGCUGCCCGCGAUAGGAGCUAAUGGCUCGGACACACUUACCUGGGCGCAACUUACAGCAUAUUUACUUGGCUUAUCUCAAUCCGCAACCGAGAUUGAAAUACAGUCUGCAAUCACUCGGAAAGCGUCAUUCUUAUUUCCUGCUGAAGUUCCGCGCGUGCUUUCGGGGCUCCACUGGAUGGGCCUCUUCAGCACAACGACCCGCAUUGACCCUCGCGGCACACCUCUGGAUACAUUUUGUACUCUCCUAGAGGAGAAGAUGGCGUAUAAUGAUGGAGAGUCUGAUAUGGUUAUCCUACAGCAUAUUUUUGACGUUAUCAAUGCAGACGGGAGUAAAGAGACUCGUUCAAGCACCCUAGUCGAGUACGGCGAGCCUAUUGGGCCGGGCUCGAGGAGUGCCAUGGCGAAGCUUGUGGGUCUUCCUUGCUCGGCGGGAGUUUUGGCGGUGCUAGAGGGAAGAGUCAAGGAGAAGGGAAUGGUUGCUCCUUGGACUAGCCCUCAGAUUGCGAGCAUGUUGAGGGAUGAUUUGAAGGGACGGUAUGGGAUUGAAUUAAAAGAGAAAAUCCUACGCUAG